UGUAAAGUUUGGAUCUUUCUCUUGUCCAAGGGAUAAUCCAGUGUAUAAGUGAAAGGUGGACUGUCUCUCUCUAGAAUUCCUACAAUGAUCUCCACUUUCUAGCAUCGAAAUUAGUCUGUUGCAUGCGAAUAGCAUCCCACGAAGAGAGAGAGAGCGAGAGAGAGAGAAAUUGAGGAAGAGAAUGGGUUCCGUUCCCAAGUUAAAGAGGCCACAUGCAGUAUGCAUACCAUACCCAGCUCAAGGCAACAUAAACCCCAUGCUCAAACUAGCCAAACUACUCCAUUCCAAAGGUUUUCACAUCACCUUUGUCAACACAGAAUUUAACCAUAAACGCCUCUUGAAAUCCCGGGGACCUGACUCUCUCAAUGCCCUUCCCUCGUUUCGAUUUGAAACCAUUCCGGAUGGCCUCCCUCCGUCUGACACCGAUGCCACCCAAGACAUCCCUUCCUUGUGUGCCUCCAUCACAAAACAUUGCUUAGCUCCAUUCAGAGAACUCCUCUCAAAACUCAAUGACACUACUUCGUCCAACGAACCGCCUGUCACUUGCAUAGUUUCUGGUGGAGCCAUGACCUUCACUCUCGCAGCUGCCGAAGAACUGGGCAUUCCUAAAGUCCUCUUCUGGCCAACAAGUGCUUGUGGCUUCAUGGGUUAUGUGCAGUAUCCUAAUCUCAUUGAAAAGGGUUUUGCUGGAUUCAAAGGUAUGAGUUUGGAUUCGGUAAUAGAUUGGAUACCAGGCAUGAUAGGUAUACGUUUGAAGGAUAUCCCAACUUUUAUUAGAAGUACAGACCCUGAUGAUUUUAUGAUAAAGUUUGCCAUUGAUGAAGCUGAGAGAGAUAAAAGAGCUUCUGCUAUUAUUUUCAACACAUUUGAAGAACUCGAGCAUGAUGUUGUUGACGCACUCUCGUCCAUGUUUCCUCCAAUUUACACAAUUGGACCUUUACAUUUACUUAUCAACCAGAUUGACAAUGAUGACUUGAAGCUGAUAGGAUCAAAUUUAUGGAAAGAAGAGUCUGGGUGUCUUCAAUGGCUCGAUUCGAAAAAACCCAACUCAGUUGUCUACGUGAAUUUUGGAAGCAUCACUGUCAUGACACCCAAGCAACUGGUUGAGUUUGCUUGGGGACUUGCUAAUAGUAACCAGACUUUUUUGUGGGUAAUGAGGCCUGAUCUUGUUGCCGGGGAUUCCGCUAUCCUUCCACCGGAGUUCGUGUCUGAGACAAAAGAAAGGGGCUUAUUGGCAAGUUGGUGUCCACAGGAGGAAGUUCUCGCCCACCCGUCAAUCGGAGGGUUCUUAACUCACAAUGGGUGGAAUUCAACUCUUGAAAGCAUAAGUUUUGGAGUACCGAUGAUCUGUUGGCCAUUUUUUGGAGAGCAACCGACCAACUGUUGGUACUGCUGCACUCAAUGGGACAUAGGCAUGGAGAUAGAUAGUGAUGUCAAGAGAGAUGAAGUUGAGUUCCUUGUUAAAGAGUUAAUGGUUGGAGAUAAGGGGAAAGUGAUGAAGAAAAAGGCCAUGGAGUGGAAGAAAUUGGCUGAAGAGGCCAGCACUAGUUCAACUGGGUCAUCCUCCAUGAACCUAGACAAAUUGAUCAACCAAGUGAUUCUCUCUCCAAAACGUUCAACUAAUUAGUAUUUGUUUCCAUCUAAAUUUCAGUGAUUCCGAAUCUAGUUUCCAAGGUUUUUUUUUUUUUUUUU